CCUACGGGAUUGAAAAAUAAGAAAAGAAUUAAGGAAAAACGAACACACAAACAAAGUCUUAGCAAAUUCACUCCUUCUUUCUUUUCUUCUCUAACUCAUACGCGGAUUUCCUCCAUUUUUUAUUUCUCCAUCCCCAUUGCAUCUUCUUAUUUCUUAACCCUUUCAACAUUCAAAACCCCACCCAAAACAACAACUGCUUCAUACUCUUUCUUUCUUUCUUUCUUUCUCUCUUUGCCAAGCUAGAGUUUCUUUUCCCGGAAAAUUUAUUCUCUCCCCCUCCCCAGAUCUGAAACUUCCGCUAGUUCUUAUAUUUCACCUUAAGCGCUUUCUGGGUUCUUAAAAUUGCCAUCAGGGUAUCGAAGACAGCAACGUAUUGAAUUCCUCGACUGUGUUUUAACGUGGAAACCCUAGAACUUCUUCAAUGGCUUCAGGAGCAAUUUUCUCGUCACUCAGGCGGAGGAGGUCGCCGACGUUGGACGCGUUUCUUGCCCCAGUUGACUUAAGUGACGUCGCUUUGGUUCAGACCCUUCUCUCUGUUGCCCGCGAGAUUGUGUCGUGUUUUUCGAACCGUUGCAUCUUCUUCCAGCGCAAAAACUCGCGGUCUCUGAUCCGAAGAGUCGAGGCUUUCCAGUUGCUUUUGGAGUAUUUGCGUGAUUCCGAUUCAGGUUCUUCGUGUCUUCCACCCACGGCGGUGCUUUGUCUCAAGGAGCUUUACCUCUUGCUCUACCGCUCCAAGAUUCUCCUCGAUUACUGCGCCCAAUCGAGUAAGUUGUGGCUCUUGCUUCAGAACCAUUCCAUCUCUGGUCACUUCCACGAUUUGAACCAGGAGAUUUCGACCCUUUUGGAUGUUUUCCCCGUUAAGGAUGUGUUGUUGAGUAAGGAUAUUAGGGAACAGGUUCAGCUCUUGCAGAACCAGUCGAGGAGAGCUAAGCUUUUUAUAGAUAUGAAGGACGAUGCUCUCAGGAUUCGUUUUUUUUCCUUUCUUGAGGAGUUUGAGAAUGGAAGGAUUCCGGAUUCUGCUGAAUUGAGAUCUUUCUAUGUUGACAAGUUGCAGAUUGCGGAUGCAGAUAGUUGUAGGACUGAAAUUGAGGCCUUGGAGGAGCAGAUUGUUAAUCACGAGGGUGACAUUGAGCCUACUAUUUCUGUGCUUAAUGGGUUGGUGGCUAUGACUAGGUAUUGCAGGUUUUUGCUUUUUGGCUUUGAGGAGGAUGAACUUGGUCUAGAGAACGGGAGUCGGAAGAAGCCUAAGAAGAGGUUGAUUACUCGGGAAAUUGCAGAAACGUUUUAUACUGUUCCUAAGGACUUCUCCUGUCCAAUUUCGUUGGAUUUGAUGAGAGAUCCUGUAAUUAUUUCCACUGGUCAAACAUAUGACAGGAGUUCCAUUUCAAGGUGGAUGGAAGAAGGGCACACUACUUGCCCCAAAACAGGUCAAAUGCUUGCACACACUCGCCUUGUUCCGAACCGUGCUCUGAGGAAUUUGAUUGUGCAGUGGUGCACCGCACAUGGAGUUCCUCUCGAUCCAUCGGAGGUGAUGGAUGCGAUGGGUGAAGGUUUUACAACAGCUUGUCCCACCAAAGCCGCCCUUGAAGCCAACCGAGCCACAGCGAAGCUUCUUAUUCAACAGCUUGCUGGUGGGUCUCAGGCUGGGAAGACUGUGGCUGCUCGGGAGAUUAGGUUGCUUGCAAAAACGGGAAAGGAAAACCGCGCCUUCAUUGCAGAAGCAGGGGCGAUUCCCUAUCUUAGGAAUUUACUUUCAUCUCCCAAUGCUGUCGCUCAGGAAAAUUCCGUGACUGCACUGCUCAAUUUGUCCAUUUUUGACAAGAACAAAAGUAGGAUCAUGGACGAGGAAGGGUGUCUAGGAUCAAUUGUUGAUGUGUUGAGAUUUGGACACACCACAGAGGCAAGGGAAAAUGCUGCUGCAACGUUGUUCAGCCUAUCGGCCGUCCAUGACUAUAAGAAAAUAAUUGCAGAUGAGAUGGGAGCAGUUGAGGCCCUGGCAGGGCUGUUGCAAGAGGGGACUCCAAGAGGAAAGAAGGAUGCUGUGACAGCUCUGUUCAAUCUUUCCACACACCCUGAGAAUUGUGCUAGAAUGAUCGAAGCCGGGGCAGUGACAGCACUUGUAGGUGCUUUGGGGAAUGAAGGAGUUGCAGAAGAAGCAGCCGGUGCUCUGGUGUUGAUCGUCCGGCAGCCUAUUGGGGCCAAAGCAGUGGUAAAUGAGGAAGCAGCAGUUGCCGGUUUGAUCGGAAUGAUGCGAUGUGGAACGCCGAGAGGUAAAGAGAACGCCGUUGCAGCAUUGCUCGAGUUAUGCCGGAGUGGAGGUUCAGCUGCAACAGAAAGAGUUGUGAAGGCGCCAGCUUUGGCUGGGUUACUUCAAACCCUUCUUUUUACCGGGACAAAACGUGCAAGAAGAAAAGCAGCUUCACUUGCGAGAGUGUUUCAAAGAUGUGAGCAUGCAUCUUUACCUUACGGUGGAUUAGGUGUAGGCUACGCGUUUGCUGGCAAUUCAACUGCAGCCAGGGAUACCAGCUUUGCCGGUGAUGUUUCAGUACCAAUGUCCAUUUCUGUUUUAUAGUGGUAAAACUCCUGUGUUUACUAAGUUCCCAAUUUUUGUUGUAAGUCUUUACAGAUUCUUUCAUUGAAAUUUAAAGUCAUAAGAAAUUAUAGCAAUAUCUUGUAUCUAAGAGAUCCACAAGUGUUGUGGAGCAGUUAGCCUCAACACAUAUGUAAUGAGUUAAAUUAUGUAAGAACAGAGAAUGCUCAACAAAAGAGACAGGAACCAUUUCUGAUAUCAUAUUUGUUCAGUGCCA